ACAUACAAAAACCCAUUUCUUCUUUAUUUCAGGUUUUGUCAGAAAUAACAGCCCUUUACAGUGGACCAAGAACUAUCACCAAGGCAUUAAGAUGAAUAGGAAAACUUUGCCUGUCUGCAGAUCCACCCUACGACGAAGGACACGCAUAGAUGUUGAAAAACGACUUCAGCAGAUUAGGGAUGACAACGCUGAGUUGGCUGGCUUUCAGUUAACAGAGAGUGACAUUGGACAUGAUAGUGGACAGUUUUUAGAAAUAGGUUCAAGUUCACUUCAGUCAGCUUGUGCAGUCUCAGAACCUGUAGUGUAUUUUGCUGAAAGUAUCAUGGAAGUAAAUACUGAUGUGUCUGAGACGCUUGUGGUUGGUGACUGUGAUGAUCAGGCCCAGUCAUCAGAUUCAGAACAUUCUGACGAGGAUGACUUAGAGACAUUUUCCUUGUCUGACAACAUUGCCAACUGGGCCAUACAUUUUGGCAUUUCUUUGGUUGCUUUGACGGCACUUUUGGGCAUACUUAGAAUGUGUCAUCCUGAGCUUCCCAAGGAUGGUAGGACACUGCUUAGGUCUAAAACCAAAUACUCAAUUCUGGAAAGGGCAGGUGGACAGUACCACUAUUUUGGUAUUCUGUCGUCACUCAGAAGAACAUUGUCUAUGUACAUACAUAAACUUGCAGACGAUUUCACAUUAAAAUUGCAAAUAAAUAUAGACGGACUCCCUUUGUUUAAAAGCUCUAGUUUGCAACUGUGGCCCAUUCUGGGACUACUAAGUGUUCCCAUGAAAGAACCUGUAGUUAUAGGUUUGUACUGUGGAACAUCAAAACCCAGCUCAGCCAAAGAGUUUCUGGAAGAAUUUGUUACAGAGUUAAAAGGGCUUGAACAAGGUUUUGAUUUUGAGGGUAAGAAUUUGAAGCUCAAGCUUGACACCAUCAUUUGUGACACACCAGCCAGGUCCUUUGUUAAAAACACCAAGAACCACAAUGCCUACCACGGUUGUGACAAAUGUGCACAACCAGGAAAAUACAUAAACAGACGCAUGACAUAUCCAUGCACAGACUUUGUUUUAAGAACAGACAAUUCAUUUGAAACCAAGGCCGAUGAUGAUCAUCAUCAUAGCGGUCCACAUCCAUUUCAUGGCAGCAGUGUUGGCAUGGUGUCGCAGUUUCCUCUGGAUUACAUGCAUGAUGGGUUUGUGGUCAUCCCCCUGUUUCACACAUUUUAG